GCCCCACGGAUGUUGAUUGAACACGAUUGAAAGAGAGCAUCCAAGGUGCUGCAUUUAAAGCCAGACCUAACUACGGAGGUGUGUCGAUGACAAACCUAACAACCUAAAUCUUUCCGGACAGAUGACGUCCGACGUCAACUAAAUCAAGCCUGGAGUUCUGUCCAGGCCGGAUUCUUCACUUUCGCUCGGCUCAAACAUGGCUCUAUCAUUCCUUUUGGUCUUGGCAGCAACAGUGAUUCUUAUCAGACCGGAGACACCCGUAACCAAGGCUCUACGUCAUAACUCACUUGAGUGCUGCAGUGACAAACAGAGGACAAAUAGCUCGUGUUCAAAUGAUACUCAUUGCGAACCAGGCUGCUUCUUCCGUGUCCUCGAGGGCAGCAACACUGUUUGCAUAUUGUGUGAGCCUGCCGCCAUAGACUCGGAGAAUGUAACGAGCUGCACCUACAACUACACGAUGGACAGGAGAAACCAUACAACGGUCACAACUGUAAUGCCUAAAAUUGUAUUCCCCUUUAAAUGUUCCAGUGAAGAACAGAAUGAUCGAUUGUCAAUUCCCAAUGCAUUACCUGAAGGUGGCGCAGGCGUGGCCGUCUCCCUGCUUUUUGGAACGCUGUUGAUCAGCCUGUUCUUGAUCCUCUCUGUUGCCUCCUUCUUCUACCUCAAGCGCUCCCAUCGACUUCCAAAUAUCUUCUACCGUCGCAACAAGGCCUUUAUAUUCCAACCAAGUGAGACGGCUGUGAUGAUUCCUUCCUCUACAGCGAGAAAGCAACGAUACGUCAGACGGGAGCGUCCCCCUGCCACAUCAAGUAGCAACAUCACACCCACCGCAUCCACCACGAGGGUCUACAACGUUUAGAAGGAACGAGCCAACGUGAGAGUUUGUCAUCGAAAGAUGUCACGUUUUGACUUCUUGGGAGCCAAAUUUGUACUGGAGCUGUUUUUAUUCCAUGUUGCCUCAUGACGAAAUAGUGUCCGUUGUCACACUCCUUCCGUGAAAUGAGGCGCAUACAAAAUGAGUAGCAUCAUUGGUCCGCUUUUAUUCUAAGCCGUGCUAGUUUUUGUCACGCUCGAUUUUGACGUUUUUAUUCGUAAUUGCUGCAGUGCCACAUGUGUAUGUACUAUUAUUUAAGUUAACCCUUUUGGGGGGAGUUGGGGGGGCAAUAUUUGUAUAUCUUCAAAAUACAUGUAUACUGCAGUAGCUGAGAAGCAAGACAUCUCAAUCAUUCCAAAACAACUUCCACGAUCGUCACUGUAUCGGUCGCAUUUUUUUUUUUUUCUUCAUGAUCGCAACGACAUUGUGACAUUGACGUUACAGUAAUCGCUUUCACAUGACACAUAUGAGGCGUCCCCGAUGAAACAGCCAAGCGACAGAUUGGAUUUGUGUGUAUUCAUCAGUUUGAGGGCUCAUGUGCAGCGAGCCAGUGACCUCGUUGGCUGAUGGUGACAAAGCAUCAUCAUCGUAAAAGCCCAGUGACAUCUGGGCUAUUCUUUCGAGGUGUGUGUGCGUGUGCGUGUGUGUGUGUGUGUGUGUGUGUGUGUGUGUGUGUUUACACUGUAGUUUGGUUUGCAGUACUCUACUUUGCUAUCUUUGACCACAUGAGUGACAUUUUUUUUGUAUUUAUUAUUUGUAUCCAAACUGAAUGUAUUUUCCUCAUACAAGCCAGACAUCACAGUUCGGUGUGUAUGCGCAGUGUCGCAGAAAAUAAUUUUAAUCAUGGUCUAAUUUUUGAACUGGCGGUAUCUUUUAGCUGGAAAUUAAACAGGAAAAUUGCUGAAGACUGUGAGAUCAUUUGCAAAGAAAAACAAAUAGUUCCAUGUUCCGAAUGAGUCGCACGCCCUUUGAAUCCAAUGUUCUGAAUGGUUAAUUCAAAUGCUUAGCCUAACAUCGCGCAUUAAAAUGUUGCCAAGAUAACCAAUAGUAUUUUAAAAAUGUAACGUUAACAUAUAUUUUGCCGCCUUUGUUAUUGUCCUAUUCAGAAGACGCACAUUCGACAAAUAAAAGGAAACAGCUCACUGCCAAUUAGCAAAAUAUGAAUAAUUCUGGGCUUACGAUCCAUACAUUUAAAAAAAUUUUUUUAAAAAGAAACAAUUAUUUUAACUCAGAGAAUUCUCUUUCACAGAGAAAGACCCCCCAACGUAGAAUGAAGAAAAUGUUUGAUGUAGAAUAACAAAGUCUUAGUGCACUUUAUCAGCAAAUGUCAGGCCAGUUUUUUUUUUUUAAAUCAAGAUGCUUCAGGAGAAGAUGUUGCUAACUUUUUUGUUAAAUUGUAUAUUUAUAGAUACUCUUCAUUAUUAAAUCCAGCAUAUACUUGUUUGCCAAAAGUUAUCGAACAAAUCGAUUGCGAUGACGACUGUGCCAUGAAGAGCUUUAAAUGUUGGAUUCGUAGUUCAUGCAUUUAUCCUAUCCGGUGGCCUUUUGCUUUCUGCACCACCUUCAAAAUAAGGCUGCUCUGCAAGUUUCAUUCAUGACAUGUUCACAUUUUGAAUAGACUUGAGGUUUGAACGCGCACAUGUGACGCAAGCUGAACUAAAUAAAUCACUUUAGAAACAAGAAGCGGUCACAUGACUCGCCAUGUCGCCUCGUGUGUUUGACAAUUGUGAGCGCAAUACAUGCACACGUUGUUUUAUACAAAUGAUCUAUUGUUUUGUUACCGUCUACUCGUGACGCGUGGAGCACGGCUGUGGCGGCGAGAUGAAUGUUUGCGAGAAAUAAAGCACCUUCCAGGAA